AUGCAGGGCAGCCCAGAGAACAUCCCCCUGGGAGAGUGCACCCUCUCCCAGUCCCGGGACCAGCUGACGCCCCCGAGCCGCACCGAGAGCACCGUGUUCAGCCUGUCCCGCAGCGAGUCCAUCUGGACCACGGAGGCGACCCGCAGCAGGUGUGAGGAGUUCUGGUUCGCCAUCCACCUCAUGUCCACGGGGGGAAGCUUCCUGGCGUGUGGCAUCAUCAUCAGCGGCCUGUCCUUCGCCGGGCACUGCAAGAGCGUGACCGGCAUCCUGGGGCCGGCGCUGCUCUCCAUCGGGCUCAUGGUGUUCGUAGUGGGCGUGGUCCUCAUCCCCAUCACCAAGGAGAACAGGAAGCAGUCGAGCAUGAAGAAGCCGCUCAGUUACUACAGGCCUCCCAUGUUCAACCUGUGAUGGACAAGUUCUGAAGACUGUGACUUUUAAGAGCACACUGGAUUUGAUAUUUUCAGCAUGGGACUCUUUAUGUUUAUUUCUACCGGAUUGACUAAAACACUAAACGCUUAUCUCAGUUUCAAGUGUGCAUGGCAACAUUAAUAUCCAUGGCUGUGGGGGGAAAAAGAAAGCAGGUGAGAGGACAACAAUGUGUUGUAUGAAAAUGUAAUUAUUCACACAGAAUUU